AUGGCUCCAUCGCCACCGUCCGUUGCCUCCUCCUCGUCCCGGCUUCCGACUCGCCACGGCCGCCGUCCACUUAAAAGGAGCAAAGCUCUCGGCGGCGCCGGCGAAAAGCUUCGGCGUCAUCGCGCUCCCCAGCCGCGGUGCCGCCUUCCUUCCCAGCAGCAGCACACUUCUGCCUCCCCCCCCCCCCCCACACAGACCCCGCGGACGCCGGCGGGCACAGUAACGAGAUCAAGCAUGGAAGAUAGCAACGCUCUGAUUUUGCCCUGCAAGAGGAAGAACAAAGCGCAGGGGAAAGCCAAGGAUGGUAAGAAAGACAAGAAAAAGGAGGACCCGAAGAUGAGCAAGAAUAAGCUAAAAAUGCUGCAGAAAUUGGAGGAAGAAAAGAAAAAGAAGCUGCUGCAAGCUGAAUGCAUCGAGAUUUUGCAGAAACACAAGAUCUCAGAUGAUGCAUAUUCAUUGCUGCAUGCUUCAGGGACUAUCGGUCAAGCCGAGACUUUGAAAGAAAAACGUAGGCGUGCUGUGCAGUUCUCCAAGGCUGGUUUGGAUGUUCCUGGAGAACUCUCGCUAUUCAAGAAAAAUGGUGAUCGAAAAAUUUCUGAAAACAGCGACACUUGGGAGCAAGAUUGCCCAGCCAAGUUUGUUGAGUUUGAGCCUGCAAAAAGUGAGAAUCCUGGUAGAGAACAUAAGAAUAACAAUAACAUGAAGAACGGUUCAGUGAAAGCUGUGGAACACCAACUAAUGAUGGAUGUUGGAGUAAGCAUUCCAGAGUCAAUAGCUGAAGAACCUAGUGAUGAUGCUCAUAUGUUGGAAAAUCAGAAAAUUCAGUCGUCAAGUCCAAGUUGCUCGGGAGCAGAGCUAGAUUUGCAGGAUAAAGAACCAGGACAAGGGGAAGCUACUGUACAGGAGUGCAUAAAUCCUCCAAUUGUUGUGCCUGUGUCAAGACCACAUGAGGUUGAGAAGGCAAGGAGGGAUCUCCCAAUAAUAAUGAUGGAGCAGGAAAUAAUGGAAGCUAUCUAUGAAAAUUCUGUAGUAAUUCUGUGUGGAGAAACAGGCUGUGGUAAAACUACUCAGGUUCCUCAGUUCCUAUAUGAAGCUGGCUUUGGCACAAGUGAUCGUGCUGAUAGAAAAGGGAUAAUUGGUAUCACCCAACCACGACGUGUUGCUGUUCUUGCCACAGCUAGGAGGGUGUCCUAUGAGUUAGGACUUAAGCUGGGAAGAGAAGUUGGUUUUCAAGUUAGGCAUGAUAAAAUGAUAGGAAGUAAAUGCUCCAUCAAGUUCAUGACAGAUGGUAUUUUGCUGCGAGAGCUCCAGAGUGACUUUCCAUUGAGGCGCUAUUCAGUGAUCAUCUUGGAUGAGGCACAUGAAAGGAGCUUGAACACAGACAUACUUAUCGGGAUGCUAUCCAGAAUCAUAAAGAUUCGCAAGACUUUGUAUUCAGAGCAGCAGGAAAAAAUACGGUCUGGGUUGAACAUCAAACCAGAGCAUAUGAUUAGUCAGUUGAAAGUGGUGCUCAUGAGUGCUACUCUGCAGUUGAAGGACUUUAUUUCAAACAGAAGAUUGUUUCAUGUGAUCCCACCAGCUGUUAAGGUACCUGUCCGGCAAUUUCCGGUAACAGUUCACUUCUCAAAGAGGACACAUGAUGAUUAUUUAGGACAAGCUUAUAAAAAGGUUAUGUCAAUCCACAAGAGGCUUCCACCAGGUGGAAUCCUUGUCUUUGUCACUGGACAACGGGAAGUGGAUUACUUAUGUAAGAAAUUGCGAAGACCAUCCAAGGCGCAAACUGCUAAGAUGCCUGAAAAAGUUGAUGGUGAUGAAAUUGGUCCAUGCCCAGAGGUAGACGAGAAAGAAAUUUUUGAAGCGUAUGAUAUUGAUAGGAGUAAAUCUGAGCACCAAGAUGAUAUGUUUUCAUCAUACGAUCAAGAUGAUAUGAAUGCUGGGCCAAAUGUCGAUUCUUCUGACAAUGAAACGGAGAGCGAGAUGGAUACUGACAGUGACGAUGAAGAGUCUGUUGCUUAUGAAACCACAGAAGAGGAUUCUCCCGUAUUAGCAUUUUUGAAAGAUGCUGAGAGCUCAUCUGCGCUGAAGGCGUCAUUUGGAGCUCUAUCAGGAAUAUCAGGAGCUCAGGAAAGUGUUGAGAAAUUGAGUGAUACUACAAGUGAACAAAAGUUCAGUCCUUCUGUUCGUUCUUUCAGUAAACGUACAGAACAUAUGUCUGUUUCGCAUGGUAGACUUCGUGUCUUGCCACUUUAUGCAAUGUUACCAGCUUCACAGCAGCUUCAAGUGUUUCAGGAUAUCCCUGAGGGGGAAAGAUUAGUUGUGGUGGCAACUAAUGUUGCAGAAACCUCUUUAACAAUCCCUGGCAUAAAAUAUGUAGUCGAUACUGGGAAAGAAAAGGUUAAGAAUUACGACCAUGCUACUGGGAUGUCAAGUUACGAAGUCCAGUGGAUAAGCAAGGCAUCAGCAUCCCAGCGUGCUGGGAGAGCUGGAAGAACUGGGCCUGGGCACUGUUACCGUCUCUACUCAGCUGGAGCAUAUGGUAAAGAUGAUUUAUUUCCUGAAUUCGCUGAACCUGAGAUAAAGAAAAUUCCAGUCGAAGGCAUUGUGCUAAUGCUCAAGUUUAUGGCUAUUGAUAAGGUUGUGAACUUUCCUUUCCCGACGCCUCCUAACCAGGAAAGUUUGGUUGAAGCUGAGCGUUGCUUAAGGACACUAGAAGCACUUGAUAGCCUGGGCAGACUUACACCAAUGGGAAAGGCUAUGGCGCAAUACCCCAUGAGCCCACGACAUUCCCGUCUUCUUCUGACAGUGAUUAAGAUUCUGAAGAGCCAGCGAGGCGUUGUUAGAUCUAACUUCAUAUUGGGAUACGCCACCGCCACUGCAUCAGCAUUGAGUUUUACUAAUCCUUUUCUCAAGCAGUUGGAAGAAUGUGAUACUAAUGGUGAAUCAAAAGAACAUAACACUGAUCCGGAAAUUUAUGAUCCACAGGAAAGGAAGAGACAAAAGAAGCUCAAGGUCAUGGUUAGAGAGGCGCAGGAAAUUUUUUCCAACCCGAGUAGUGAUGCUUUAACUGUCGCUCGUGCCUUGCAGUUAUUUGAGUUGUCAGAAAACCCAGUGGAAUUCUGCAGAGUCAAUUCACUUCAUCUCAAAACAAUGGAAGAGAUGUCAAAAUUGAGAAAGCAACUUCUCCGGUUAAUAUUUCACCAUGGCAAAGUUUGUGAGGAAUUUGCUUGGAAUUUUGGAGAUUCUGAGGAUGUUGAACAGGCCUGGAGGAGUGAGUCCAGUAAAAGACCAUUGCAAAUGAAUGAAGAGGAACUUCUAGGGCAAGGAAUUUGUGCUGGGUGGGCUGAUAGGGUUGCAAAGAGGAAUCACACCUAUUCAAGGUCAUCAGAAGAUGAUCGAAAGGUUCAAGCUGUUCGUUAUCAAUCUUGCACGCUUAAUGAUACGAUAUAUCUCCACCGAUCAUCUUCUGUUGCUCAGAUUGCCCCAGAACUUGUAGUUUACGCAGAGCUACUAAAUACAAAGAGGUCAUACAUGCAUGGUGUAACCACUGUAAAGCCAGGGUGGCUUUUAAAGUAUGCUAGUUCUCUCUGCACCUUCUCUGCGCCGUUGGAAGAUCCGAAACCCUAUUAUGACCCCUUUAAUGACCAAGUCUACUGCUAUGUUAGUCCACUCUUUUCUCGGCAUAAUUGGCAGCUUCCCUUGCAUAGUCUACCUAUCAAAGACCACACCAGGCGGCGGCAGGUAUUUGCAUACGCUUUGCUUAAAGGGGAUGUCUUGCCAUGUCUAAGGGAUGUUGAGAAGUACCUGGCACUGUCACCAUCUGUUGUCCUGGGGCCUGCCAGCCAAACAAGAGUUGGAGAUCUUCUUAGCAGGAUGAAGAAAAAGUUAAUCGACAGCCGGGCAGCACUAAGAGAUGCAUGGAAUGCUGAUCCAGAUUUUCUCUGUCCUGAGAUCAAGGUGUGGUUCCAGGAUAAAUUCCAUAGCCGGUUUGGCGAAACAUGGGAGAAGAUGCACCAAGAGGUUCUUCUCGAGGGGCGUGAGCUUUUUCCAAAGAGGUCCAAGAGAGUUAAAGGUUAGUCAAGAAAAUCACGGUGCAUUUUCUUGACUGGUUGUGGUGAAGACAUCUUUCAGGAGGUACCCUUUGCAUACUCAUAUGACGCCGCCCUGUACCUGUAGUGGAAUAGAUACAGAGAAACAUUUGUCAUGAUAACGUUCGUUAUGGUUGAGAUCGCUCGUCAGGACUCAACGUAGGAUAAUUGCAGUUGGCCAGUAACAUGCAGACCCAGUCUAGUGCAUAUACUUUUCAUUGAUGCUGGAUUUGCUUCGUUGCGCUACCGUGUUAUUUGUGCCUGUUCGGCGAUCUUUUUCAGUAACCAUGCAGUCUGUGUCAGAAGUAUGACUGCAACAAUUGGUAGUCUUGCAGUAGCUUGUAAAAGUUCAUUCAGUCGCAUCGUGAGAAACAUGUAGAGCUCUGAUCAUUUCUCAUUGCAUCUUCCUGAAGAUCAUCGCAUGCAGCGGUGCUCCUCAACUACUUCGACCUGUAGGGAUUGUUUUCUUUGUAUUAAUGUCAGUAUAAACCAAGUACUCCGACUCUCCGAACUUCUAAUAAAAUGGAUCAGUUCGGUUCA